AAUAAGAGUGAAGAAUUGUAAUUCACUUCUCACUUGUCAGUCUUGGGCUCCUAGCUGAGUUGUAGUUAGAAAUGUUUAUUGAUACAAAGCCGAAUUGUGGUUGAGCAUUUACCAAUAACAGGUGCCAAUGGAGUGGUUCCACUGCAACAAGUGCUUCGUAACAAGAGGAUUGAAGUUUGUAUUGUCGUCCUGUGGACACAUCUGCUGUGAGGCCUGCAUUAUUACACCUGAGCAAUGCGGCGCAUGUGGAAGCAGCUGUAGUUACAUUGCCAUUACAGAUCAGAUGAAACCACGGGACAGCGUGAUUUUCAAGGAUCCCGUGAAGCUCGUCCAGUCACGGCUAGGACAAAUUUCACAGAUUGCAAGUUUUCAGCAGGCACAGAAAAGAAGAACAAUGGAAUACUUCAAGCACAAGUCAGUUACACUGGAAAAGAAUCUUAAAGAGCUCACUGAACAGAGUUACAGACAAGUGGCUGAAUUGAAAAGAGAGAAUGCCGAUUUAAGAAAGGAAAAUAUGGAUCUUAAAAGCGAGAUAGCAGAGCUCAAAAAGCCUCUUUCACAGAGAAGGGUUUCUCCAGGACAAUUUCAGACAAAAGGCGUUCAAAGGAUCUCUCUCCCAGUGUGCGUCACUUCUCCAGUUACACCUCCCUUUGGAACUAUCAGUCACCUAACCCCAUCAAAUUCCCCGGUGUGGCCCAGAGACAGAGGUCUUGGACCCAGCACAACACCUAGAUCAACCACAUCUCUCUCUAGCCACAACGCUCAUAGACACAGGACACUCAGCAGCCCAGCUAUGAGAACUCCAAACAUUUUCCAGUUCCCCCUGAUGAAUAGUUUAUCCAUGCACUCUCCUAGGCGUUAAAGUAGUUCAUAGCAUGAUGUUGCGAAGAAAGUAUUGUUGUAAUUGGAAAUUAACUUCAUUUUUUUGUUGCUUUCUGUUGAGUAAUUUAAGUUAUAUUAUCUCACUACUCUAGUUUCAUGGUGCUUGUUAUCUCUGGGAAGUAGAUGCUAUAUAUCCACUCAGGAAACUGUAAAGAAUGCCAUUACUAUUAAUUUCACAAUCCCUUUCAGAAUUUAAAGUGUAUGUAUGUAUAAUGUAUAUCUUUGAAUUUGUUGCUUAGGCAACUUCGCAAAUGACAUUUCCACAAAAUAUAACCACAUUAUAUGAUAGGUUACAUAUACUGUAUGCCCUAAUCGAUUAAAAGCACUG